AUGAAGAUCGAACUUGACUCCUUUUCCGGUACCAAAAUCUACCCAGGUAGAGGUACUUUGUACGUCCGUGGUGACUCCAAGACUUUCAGAUUCCACUCUUCUAAGUCUGCUUCCCUUUUCUUGCAAAAGAAGAACCCAAGAAGAAUCUCCUGGACUCAAUUAUACAGAAGACACCACAAGAAGGGUAUGACUGAAGAAGUCCAAAAGAAGAGAUCUAGAAAGACCAUCAAGAACGAAAGAGCUAUUGUUGGUGUCUCUUUGGAAACUAUCAGAGAAAGAAGAAGCGUCAAGCCAGAAAUCAGAAAGGCUACCAGAGACGCUGACUUGGCUGCCGCUAAGGAAAAGAAGAAGAUUGAAAAGGCUAAGAGAAAGGCUGCUAAGGCCAAGGCCGUUGCUGGUCAAUCCGGUGCUGCCAAGGUUUCCAAGCAAGGUGCUAAGGGUGCUUUCCAAAAGGUUCAAGCUACCUCUCGUUAA